CCGGCCCCUCCAAUCCGCGGCCGCUCCUCGCCCGUCCGUUUCUGGUUUGAAUCGGGGGCAGGCAGGCAGCAGCCCUCCCGCCCGCCCGGCCGGCCGGCCGCGCGUCUUCUGCCGAGCGCGCACUCCUCCCCGGGCGCCUGCAUGACUGUCACUAAGAUGUCAUGGCGGCCGCAGUAUCGCAGCUCCAAGUUUCGAAAUGUGUACGGCAAAGCGGCCAACCGAGAGCACUGCUUCGACGGGAUCCCAAUCACCAAGAACGUCCAUGACAACCACUUCUGUGCAGUCAACACCAAAUUCCUUGCCAUAGUAACGGAAAGCGCUGGCGGGGGCUCCUUUCUUGUCAUUCCGCUGGAACAAACUGGUCGGAUUGAACCAAACUAUCCCAAAGUCUGUGGCCAUCAAGGCAAUGUGCUGGAUAUCAAGUGGAACCCUUUUGUUGAAAACAUCAUUGCAUCCUGCUCGGAAGAUACCUCGGUUCGGAUAUGGGAAAUCCCAGACGGGGGGUUGAAGCGCAACAUGACAGAGGCGGUCCUGGAGCUCUACGGCCACAGCCGGCGGGUCGGUCUUGUUGAAUGGCACCCAACCACCAACAACAUCCUCUUCAGUGCGGGAUACGACUACAAGGUUCUCAUCUGGAACCUGGACAUCGGCGAGCCUGUGAAGAUGAUCGAUUGCCACUCCGACGUCAUCCUGUGCAUGUCCUUCAACACCGAUGGGAGUUUGCUCGCCACCACUUGCAAAGACAAGAAGCUGCGGGUCAUCGAGCCGCGGUCUGGCAAAGUCCUCCAAGAAGCAAACUGCAAGAAUCAUCGUGUGAACCGGGUGGUCUUCCUAGGGAAUAUAAAGCGCCUUCUCACAACUGGAGUUUCACGGUGGAACACGAGGCAGAUUGCCCUCUGGGACCAGGAAGAUCUUUCCAUGCCCUUAAUAGAAGAGGAGAUUGAUGGUCUCUCGGGGCUCCUGUUCCCUUUCUACGAUGCCGAUACACACAUGUUGUACUUAGCUGGCAAGGGAGACGGCAAUAUCCGAUACUACGAAAUCAGUACAGAGAAGCCAUACCUCACCUAUCUCAUGGAGUUCCGCUCCCCGGCCCCACAGAAAGGCCUCGGGGUGAUGCCAAAACACGGCCUGGAUGUGUCCACAUGCGAGGUCUUCCGCUUUUACAAGCUCAUUACCUUAAAAGGGCUGAUUGAGCCAAUCUCCAUGAUUGUCCCAAGGCGGUCCGAAACAUACCAAGAGGAUAUUUAUCCCAUGACGCCAGGAACAGAACCAGCCCUCAAUCCGGAUGAAUGGCUGAGCGGAACCAACAGGGAUCCCAUACUGAUGUCUUUAAAGGAAGGCUAUAAGAAAACAUCCAAAGCCAUUUUUAAGGCACCUGUAAGAGAGAAAAAGAGUGUUGUCGUGAAUGGGAUAGAUCUCUUGGAAAACGUACCCCCCCGAACAGAGAAUGAGCUCCUCCGAAUGUUCUUCCGACAACAGGAUGAGAUCCGGCGGCUGAAAGGUGAACUUUCCCAGAAGGAUAUCAAAAUUAGACAGCUGCAACUGGAGCUGAAAAACUUGCGCAAUUGCCCGAAGAACAAUGAACUCUAAAAGGACUUUUUCUAAACAAACUCUCUGUUUCUACCCAGUCUUUUAAUUCUUCUGUCUUGCACUUAACACAAGAUAUGAGCCAGAGACUGUGCGACGUGCCCUGGGUUCACUGGAAGUCUGUGCUUCUUGCACAGUCUUUAACUAGCACUAAAAGACACUCCCUCUAAGAUAUAGCUGAGAAUGACGGCAUGAAACAGUACGAGGCUUCUAUUUAUAUCCCAGAGUUUCUCUUGGAGUAAGUAGAAUAAUCUUGUUUCUCAGUGCUGAAAGUAAGUCGCGGCAUUAACCAAAGGGCACGGCUCUUAAUGUAAACGUCACACUUCCUGGGGGUGGGGGAGCAGGUACACACACGUAAGGAAAACAACUGGACUUAUUUACUAGUAUUCUUUUGUUUCCUAUGCAAAACACACUGGGUAGAAAACUGGAAUUCAACAAAAGUACAAGGAUCAGCAAAGAAUUAAUUCUCCUGGGGAGAGCCCCCAAAGUCUGCACAGUGCAAGAAGAAAGUCUUUUGCGAUGCUGGAGAGGGUGAUGGAGGCAGGAGACGACGUAAACUGCCCUGUUUCCUUGGUGCCCUUGCCAACGGGCCACUGGUUGCUCUCACAAACAGGCUGGCCCUGUCUGUGCUGUAGCGAAGCAGCUCCUCUCUGGUCACAAGCAUGCAGGAACACCACCGAGCUCCACCAGGAAUUUCUCCUUUUGCAGUGGGUGAUGCUGGCCCCAUGUAGUGCUGGUGUCUCACCAUUCACCCUGGCUGUUCAGGUACUAUACAAAUGGGGUGUUUUUUUCCCCCUAGAGACACUGCAAUGUGUCUCUCUUGCACUUACUCCCUUGUAGAAGUUUUACCCACAAACUUAGUAUGAGAAUCAAGCGGAAACUCUCAAGUCCCAUGGGGGGGAAUCUGAUUGCGUUAUAUAGCACCUGCUUUGCAUGCAGAAAGCCCCAGGUUUAAUUACCAGGAUCAGUCCCUUAGGGACGAGGGAAUGGGGGAAGGCCAAAGACCCUGGAGAGCAGCUGCCAGUCUAGGCUACAGUGAUGGACAACAAGGACCAAGGAAGGGUCUGCUUCAGUGUAAACAAUAACAACAUUCAAUUUAUGUACUGCCCCUCAGAACACCCACUCAGAGCGGUUUACAAAGUGUGUUGUUGUUAUCCUCAGGACAAUCACCCUGUGAGGUGAGCGAGGCCAAGAAUGCCCCGAGAAGCCAUGACCUGCCCAAGGUCACCCAGCCAGUUUGGAAACCAACUAGGUGACCCUGGGUCAGCCACAGCC